AUGAAGGAAAAAAGAAAAAGGAAAAUGAAAGUAUCAAAUCAGAGUAACAUCGUUAUCGUCAUCAUCGCCACCAAAAUCUAUAAUCUCAUAUCAUAAGACUCAAAGACAAAGGAGCACACACAGAACAAAGACAGACACAGACAGAGACAGGGACAAACCUUAAGAACCUCGGAUUCUCCCAUAUUUUCUUCCCACAACAACCUCCAUAUCUGAUUUUACUUAUCUAAAUAGGAAUAUUCCAUUUCUCUCUCAUCACUUUCUCUCUCUAAAACCCAAACACAGGCACGCGCGCAGGGAUACACACCCACUGGAGCUCAACGUCCUCUUGAUUGGAAGCUAAGUUUCUCUUUCUAUCUGAUACACUCAGAGUGUGAACGUGAAGGCAACAGCAAACAAUACCCAGAAAGAGAUUAAGCCAAAAAAAGGAAAAAAAAAAGAGAGAACUUUCCUUAAAGACCCAGCAAAAUCCAUUCCUCUGGUUCCUGAAAUCGCACACUGUUUUCGUACCAUCAUCAUUUGAUGACCCUUUUUCCCGUUUAUUUAAUCUGGGAAUUUCUCGUCUUGUGAUGGUAGUUUUUAUCGGAUCUUGAAUAGGCAAUGGCGUUGUUCAGGAAGUUCUUUUAUCGGAAGCCGCCAGAUGGGCUUCUUGAGAUCUCUGAAAGGGUUUACGUUUUUGAUUGCUGCUUUACUACUGAUGUUUGGGAAGAGGAUGAAUAUAAAGUGCGUAUAGGAGGGAUGGUGAGUCAACUUCGUGAUCACUCUCCUGAUGCUUCAUUCAUGGUCUUCAACUUCCGAGAGGGAGAGAAGCAAAGCCAAAUUUGUAGUAUUUUGUCCGAGUACGAUAUGACGGUAAUGGACUAUCCUCGGCACUACGAAGGUUGCCCCUUGCUCACAAUGGAGAUGCUUCACCAUUUCUUGAGAUCUAGCGAAAGUUGGCUCUCACUUGGCCAACAAAAUGUGCUCCUGAUGCAUUGCGAGCGAGGUGGGUGGCCGGUUUUGGCCUUCAUGCUGGCUGCCCUUUUGAUUUAUAGGAAGCAGUUUACUGGGGAGCAAAAGACGUUGGACAUGAUCUAUAAGCAAGCGCCUCGAGAACUUUUGCAGUUGAUGUCGCCGUUGAACCCAGUGCCUUCUCAGUUGAGGUAUCUUCAGUAUGUCUCGAGAAGAAAUGUUGGCUCAGAGUGGCCUCCCCUCGAUAGGGCUCUUACAUUGGUCUGUAUCAUUAUGAGAUUAAUUCCUAAUAUGGAUGGAGAAGGAGGUUGUCGACCUAUAUUUAGGAUAUAUGGACAAGAUCCUUUUAUGGCUGCUGAUCGGACUCCAAAAGUUUUAUUUUCAACUCCAAAGAGGAUCAAACUUGUUAGGCACUACAAGCAGGCAGAUUGUGAUCUACUGAAAAUUGAUAUUCAUUGCCAUAUCCAAGGUGAUGUUGUUCUCGAGUGUAUCACUUUGGACAGUGAUCUGGAACGUGAAGAGAUGAUGUUUCGGGUCAUGUUCAACACAGCCUUCAUACGAUCAAACAUUUUGAUUCUCAACCGUGAUGAAAUCGACAUCUUAUGGAAUGCUAAUGACCAAUUUCCGAAGGAUUUUAGAGCAGAGGUUCUUUUCUCGGAGAUGGAUGCCAGUACUUCUUCAAUUUCAAUUGACUUGCCUGGCAUUGAGGAGAAAGAAGGUCUUCCUAUGGAAGCAUUUGCUAAAGUUCAGGAGAUGUUUAGUGAUGUGGAUUGGCUAGAUCCAAAGGCAGAUGCAGCACUAAAUCUGCUACAGCAGGGAAAAUCGGACAGCCCAUCUGCUCGAAUCGCUGAAAUGCGCCGCUUGUUUCGAGAAUCAUCUCCAGAACAAUUUAAAGUAGAACCCAAGGCAUCCGAAAGUAACGUCAGUAAGAAGAUGCAAAGCCAGGAGCUACAAGAUACAAAUUCAGUUGUGAAGAAGAAUGAAACCCUGUUAGUGCAGGACAAUAAAUUAACAACCAAAAAUAAGACAGAACCCCAAGAAUUGCAGAUCGCUCUGCAACGUCCUGCCCAAUCUAAGAUUAUCUCUCAAAGAGUACCUAAAACUCCUUUAUCAGCUCCAGUUUCAUAUUCUAAUUCCUUGCAAGGGUCUCCUGUAUCGAGAUUUCAUAGCGCGCCCUCUGCUCUCGGCAUUACAGCUCUAUUACAUGAUCACGCGGCGUCUAAUAGGGAAGAAGAACUUACACAGCCAGUGACUUUAGCAUCUAAUUUGACUCUACCGAACCUUGUAAAGCCUGAUAACUCAUUUGUACCAACACCUUCACCAUGGUCACAAUUAUCUUCUUCUGAAAAGACCAAUGAAAGUCCUAGCCAACUAUCAUCACCAUCACUACCAACUACAAAAGCUACAAUUCAUCCUGAAACCACAUCACAAGAUAAACGUCAGUCAGAAUCAAUUCCUCGUCCCUCACAUCUUCCUGCUAUCAAGACCUCGUUUAUAAUAUCACCACCUCCUCCUCUUAAACCUCUUUCCAUAGUCAAGAACAUAAUUUCAACUUCUCCUCCUCCACCCCCAGUUCCACCUCUGCUCUCAUCUUCUAAAGAAUCCCGAUCUUUUGUUGAGAACUCCACUCCCACUUCGACUCCUCCCCCUCCUCCUCCUCCACCCCCUACUUUAGCAGAAACAUCUCCGGCAUAUAUUGCCGAAAAGUCAUUUUCAGCUCCCCCUCCGCCUCCACCACCUCCUCUUUCAAGAACACCUUCAUCAGUCACUACUAAGACUUCUCUUUCAACUCCCCCUCCCCCACCUCCGCCCCUGGCUUCAGUUUCUUGUCCUGAUUCUUCUUUGCAGCCUAUGAAGAGCUCAACAAUCACACGUGGCCCGUCUCCCCCACCUCCACCUCCUAAACCUCUAGGUCCUGCCUUGAGCUCCACGACAACAUCUCCAGCACCACCACCUCCUCCUCCAACUUGCAUAUCAAGCAAAAAGCCUGCAAAUGCUCCACCUGUGCCACCUCCUCCAGCUCCGCCCAUCCAUGGAGCGUCGAAAGCUAGUCUUACUUCUCAACAAUCCUGCUCUGCAGUUAGCAAUGGUAAUGUGCCUUCAAUUCCUGGACCACCCUCUGGUGUCUUAUUAAGUAGUAAAGGACGAGGACUAUCACGCAUGACUCCAAGAAAUCAAGCUCAACCUAAAAAAUCUAAUUUGAAGCCAUAUCAUUGGUUAAAACUAACGAGGGCCAUGCAAGGAAGCCUAUGGGCCGAGGCACAGAAAAACGAUGAAGCUUCCAAUGCUCCAGAGUUUGAUAUGUCAGAACUUGAGAGUCUUUUCUCUGCGGCUGUGCCAAGUUCAGAUCAUGGAAGCCCAGGUGGAAAGUCAAAUCGCCGGGCAUCAGGACCAAAAGCUGAAAAAGUUCAGCUGAUUGAGCUAAGGCGGGCAUAUAAUUGUGAAAUCAUGCUUACAAAAGUUAAAGUCCCUCUUCCUGAUUUGAUGAGUUCUGUACUUACUUUGGAUGAGUCAGCAUUAGAUGUUGAUCAAGUAGAGAAUCUUAUAAAGUUCUGCCCAACAAAAGAAGAGAUGGACUUGCUUAAGGGUUAUAGCAGGGAUAAGGAAAACUUGGGAAAAUGUGAACAGUUCUUUUUAGAAUUGAUGAAAGUGCCACGAGUAGAGUCCAAGCUAAGAGUUUUCUCAUUUAAGAUACAAUUUCAUUCCCAGGUUUCUGACCUUAGAAACAGUUUAAAUCUUGUCAAUUCCGUAUCUGAAGAGAUCAGAAGCUCAGUUAAGUUGAAAAGGAUCAUGCAAACCAUACUGUCUCUUGGGAAUGCCCUAAACCACGGAACUGCAAGAGGUUCUGCAAUUGGGUUUCGACUUGAUAGUCUACCGAAGCUCACAGACACACGAGCUCGGAACAACAAGAUGACUCUCAUGCAUUAUCUUUGUAAGGUUCUUGCCGAAAAGUUGCCGGAUCUCCUUGAUUUUCCAAAAGAACUUGCGAGUUUGGAGGCUUCAACAAAGGUACAACUAAAAUAUUUGGCUGAAGAAAUGCAAGCCAUUAGUAAAGGAUUAGAGAAGGUUGUUCAGGAGCUAACUGCUUCAGAAAAUGACGGUCGUGUUUCAGGAAUUUUUUGCAAGACAUUAAAGGAGUUUCUUACUGAUGCUGAAGCUGAAGUGAGGUCUUUGGCUUCACUUUAUUCUAAUGUGGGAAGAAAUGCAGAUGCAUUGGCUCUUUAUUUUGGGGAAGAUCCAGCUCGUUGUCCAUUUGAGCAAGUCGUAUCUACCCUGCUUAACUUUGUGAGGAUGUUCGUCCGAGCACACGAGGAAAACUGCAAGCAGCUUGAAUUCGAAAGGAAAAAAGCGCAGAAGGAGGCUGAAAACGAAAAGAUGAAGUUGGGUACUCCCAAGAAGGAAUACCAACACUUGAUACGAAAUCCCCUUAAGAGCGAGAACAUCAAAUGACGGGGAAUAAAAAAAAGCACAUCCAUUAUAUUCGUUCGAGUGACUGAAAUUGUUCUUCUAUCCAUUAAAUUAUUUCCUGUGAAUGACAAAAAACAUCUUAUAAAGAUUAGAGAACAGUGGAACUGUCACUAACGGUGUUGAUGAUGACAUGGAUAAUAAAAAUUGUUUGUUCUGAUGAUAACGUUAAACUGGCCUUUGAUGCUACGCUGGUCAGUGGUCACAAACAGAUGAAAGAGACCCUUCUUAACUAACCGGUAGUGCAGGAGUUCUUGAAGAUAUGUUGGAUAAUGCUAACCCACUAGUAAGAUACUUCUAGUUGCGUAACCAUCUGUAAUAGUUAUUUUUUCAUAUUAUAAUUUUUUUAUUAAUUACAUCAUUUCUUCUGUAAUCUGUAUAUCCUACGACCUUUCGUGAUGUAAAUGGUUAUGAUUAACUUUGUGCAAUUCAUUGUGAUACUACCAAAUAGAAAUUUGCU